AUGGGCUUCUUCAUGACUUUCCACCUUUCCUACAAGUUCCGGUUACUGUUGCUUUUUCUCUUAUGCCUGACAGUGCUUGGGUGGGCCACCAGUAACUACUUUGUGGGUGCUAUUCAAGAGAUUCCUAAAGCAAAGGAUUUCAUGGCCAAUUUCAACAAGGUCCUAGUCUGGGGGAAGGGAAAAACUCUGACUCAGGAAGCAUCCAUGAAAGAAGCAGACCUCAACAACUGCCCUUCUGUGUCUCCAUACCUCAGGGGCCAAAACAAGCUCGUUUUCAAACCAGAUCUCACUCUGGAAGAAGUGGAGGCAAAAAAUCCCAAAGUGCACAGAGGCCGGUAUCACCCCGAGGAAUGUAAGGCUUCCCAGCGGGUCGCCAUCCUCAUUCCACACCGGAACCGAGAGAAACACCUGCUGUACCUGCUCGAACACCUCCAUCCCUUCUUGCAGAGGCAGCAGCUGGACUAUGGCAUCUACGUCAUCCACCAGGCUGGAAGUAAAAAGUUUAAUCGAGCCAAACUCUUGAAUGUGGGCUAUCUAGAAGCUCUCAAGGAUGAAAACUGGGACUGCUUUAUUUUCCACGAUGUGGACCUGGUCCCCGAGAACGACUUGAACAUUUAUAAGUGUGAGGAGCAGCCCAAGCAUCUGGUGGUUGGCCGGAACAGCACUGGGUACAGGUUACGUUACAACGGAUAUUUUGGGGGUGUUACUGCCCUAAGCAGAGAGCAAUUUUUCAAGGUGAAUGGAUUCUCUAACAACUACUGGGGAUGGGGAGGCGAAGACGAUGACCUCAGACUCAGGGUUGAGCUUCAUAGAAUGAAAAUAAUCCGGCCAAUGCCUAAUGUGGGUAAAUAUACAAUGAUCUUCCACACUAGAGACAGAGGCAAUGAGGUGAAUAUAGAACGGAUGAAGCUCUUACAUCAGGUGUCACAAGUCUGGAGAACAGAUGGGUUGACUAGUUGUAUUUAUAAAUUACUCUCUGUGGAUUAUAAUCCUUUAUAUACCAACAUCACGGUGGAUUUCUGGUCUGGUGCAUAA